AUGAUCUUGGCCAGUAUUUUUGUGUGUUUCUGCCUGGUGUCGGCUUACAACUAUUUGAGACAACGUCAACAGCGCGGACUUAUUAAAAAUCUGGGAGGACCCUUUUCCUGGCCUCUAUUAGGCGCCAUGCACGAAAUUGUGCGGCUCUCUCCAAAGAAUUUCUUUGAGCGCAGCUCUGUCUACUUGGCCAAAUAUGGCACUGUGAGUCGUAUUUGGGUUUUUCACAGACUCUUCAUACCUGUCGCCGACUUGGAAUUAGCUAAGCAACUGCUGCAGAGCGAAACGCAUUUGGAGACGGGCCACGAGCUGAUGAGCGACUGGCUGGGCGACAGCUUGCUCAAUUGCCAGCCGCAACACUGGCCACAGCGACACCAAAUACUCUUGGCACUCUCACAGCCAGACAACCUGUUGCAAUUGAACCAGCUAUUUCAGCAGCAGGCCGAGCAGCUCUGUCAACAGCUAGCGGCACAGGCGGAAACGCGACAAGUCUUUGAUGUGUGGCAGUUGGUCUCGGACAAUGUAUUGGACCUGAUGCUGUGCAUCAGCUGUGGCAUGCAGCCAAGCGAGCGGUAUAAGCAGGCAUUUAAAGAUCUCAUCGAGCUCUAUCGCAAGCGUUUCUUGAGCGUACGAUCAGCCAAUCGGCUCACCUUCUUGCUCGGCUCGCCACUGAUGCGAAGACGACAGCAACGGCUCAUACGACGCAUCAAUGAGGAGAACAAACAGAUGCUGGAGCAGCGCAGACAACAUAAGCUAAACACUAAUCAAAUAAAAAUCGAGGGCAUCACUAUAGAUCGCAUUGAACCGGCUCCAAAAGUGAAAUAUCAAUCGCUGCUCGAGUUGCUGCUCGCGAGUGAAGCGUCGCUGACUGACGCCCAGCUCUUUGCCGAGCUGAACAGCUGCAACUUCUUGGGCCAUUUGCUGUGCAGCAGCGCACUCUGCUUUGCCUUAGUGCUGAUUGCACGACAUCCGGCCGUGCAGCAACGCUGUCUGGAUGAGCUGCGCCUAGCUAGUAGCUCAGCGAAUGGGCGCUUGCCCUACCUGGAUGCGGUGCUCAAGGAGACACUGCGGCUGCACCCACCGCAGCUGAUUGUGAGUCGUGAGCUGAGUAAAAGCUUUGAGUACACUCAUUCAGAGGUGGGCGAUGGCGUUCUGCCCGCUGGUGCUGAGAUCUACAUCAAUCUCUAUGAGCUGCAACGCGCUGAGCUGGAAUAUGGCGAUAAGGCGCAACUCUUCAAGCCAGAGCGCUUUCUGGAGCAACUCAGCUUUGGCCUGGGUCCGCGCAGCUGCCCGGCGCAGCAAAUGAGCUUAAACCUGCUGCAACAGCUGGUGGCGCCGCUGCUGCUGCAGUACGAGCUGCUGCCCUACGGCGAUGCACUGCGACUCAAUCUACGCUUGGCGCUGGGCUCGAGCAAUGGCUUCCAGUUGGCGCUGCAGCCACGUUUGAACAGCAAACAAGAUUAA